UGUCUUGAAUCAUUAGCAGUUCCUAUUUGGCAUUCGCGAUGAGAACUUCUUGUGUAAUUUUUGUGGCCCUUCUUUGCUGCUCCCUGGGCUCUGGCAAGCUCUUCGAUGAUGAGCUGCGCGAACUCACGGAGUUUGUGCGUUUGCAGAUGCGAUGUGGUUAUCCAGACAGAGGGGUUCCAAUUUUGGCCCCAGCACAGAUAGCCUACAAGGAAAUCGGCAUCAGAUCAGCAAGCUUUGGAUGCAAUGGAAACUUCACUGAACUUAUUAUCGAGGGCCUGGAUAGCUAUGAGUUCUCCAAAUUGGAGUGGAACAAUAUUCUGCACACCAUUAAGUUUGACAUGAACUUCCCCAAGAUAUCCCUGAAGAGCUCAAACUAUAAACUAAACAUCUUGGCUAGUCUUUUUGGUGGAGAUUUCUCUCUGUGGGGUGAUGGUGUCUUUAACCUGGAGUUGAUCAACUUCCGAGCUAAUGGCAGCUUCAUCAUUCGCCCGAAGUCGGCCACCAGUGGGGUGUACGUUAAAAGCUGGAAAGUAAACUGGGAAUUGGAGGAGGCUAAAUCCCAGACCACGGGGAUUAUGAACAGUCGAUUGUAUUCGAAAUUCAUAAAUGAUCUGAUCAAGGAGUAUCUUGAUAUUUUGAUCAAUGAUAAUCCCACGGAAGUCUCUCAAUUCAUGGAGGAGCUAAUUGUUCCGCCAAUGAAUGUGGUUUUGGACAAUAUUGCCUGGUAUGAGAUUACCGCUAUCAUUUUGGGCCUGGUCGAAGGCAUUCUGCCGGUGGAGCCAAUUUGCUGAAGUGCUGCCGUCGAGGAAGUCGACUGCCAGGUGUUUCGAGUGCUAAAAUGUGAAUAAAUGUCUUAGGAAACGAUUGAUAACAAAA